UGGUUCAAAUGCCACAUACUAAAUUGUACAUCACAGUUUGAAUGUUGGGACCAGAAUCAAAGGAACAUUAAUGAGAACAAUGCCUCCCAUUUGAGGGGGAAAAAAAAGCACGCUCAGCGUAAAUGACGUAUAGAACUAUGCAGUCAAUCCACAGCUUGGCUGAAAUUUCAAGCGUCAUCACCUGUGAUGACGACGCCCCUCCUCUAAAAAUGCCAGAAUCAAUCCAGUGUGGAGAAUUGCAUGUGUGAAAAUGACCUCAUAGAUAGAUGAGACAAAGACUAACCUGGACAAGGGAGAUGGAAAGAAUCAAAGAGGGAGAAAAUGAUCCAAAGCAACCACCUCAUCUGUGCAAUGUGGUGCCAUGGUCGUGUACGGCUGCCAGUGGAACAAGCUCACUCGGCUUUAUUGAUGAAGUGAAUGCAAUGAAUUCAGAACUGUGCAGACGACUUUCAACCGAAUGCCUAAUAAAUUGGUGGAUACCAGCACGGUGACUGAACUUGAAUGUAUAAUAAGAGGUAAUAUGUGAGUCUGUUUGAAUUUACUUAAAAUUUAUGUAGCUACCUUUAAGUGAAAGUUUCUCCAAGCCAAUGCCAUUACUUAGCAGGUUUUAUUGUGUAGAGAUAGGCCUACAUAAGCUCAAAUAUGAACUGUGUUUAUAAUGCUUAUAAUUUGUUCCCUUUUCCUAUCACAUAACAUUUAUUACUGCUUUUACUUGAUAUCCUGUUCACUAAGUGCACUUCACUAAGUGCUCGUUUCUUAAGACAUUACAGCCUGAAACACUGGACUGGUAUCAGAUCAGAUUUAGCACUUGAUCUGCUGCCAUUUUUAAUGCUGUGAACGUGUGUUAUGUUGAGUUAACUGACACAGAUCUCAAUAUGUGAAUACAAGACACAACUUGUUUUGAAGCAUGUUGUCACUGUGCCUCUCAAACAUGCAGAGGGUCUCAGCUGGGUAUCAGAUGACCCAGUGCAGUGUCAUACUGACAAUUAAAAAAAAAAAAAGUGUCUGUUUUUCCCCCCUAUAAACCAGUGUCCGUAACAAAUCGUGAUCUCUUGAUACAGAUAGUUAUAGCUGUGGGAUGUUGCCUGCUUUGGUGUAAUAAGAGAGCUAGACUGGCGAGCUGGACAAAUUGUCUUGUAAUUGGAGGUUUCCAAGCCUCUGGCAGUAUGUGCUUAGAGGCGAAACAAAAUGGCGAACUGUGCGUGUUUAUUUUUGGAUUUUUGAGCAGAAACAUGUGCCCGGGACCGCAUACUGGUAGUGUUUACAGGUCUGCAUGGAUGAGGGAUAAUGCGCUUUCGUUAAACAGCAGGAAAGGGUUACUUUCCAUGUUUCCUGUCCAAUUCCCACAGCUUCAGAUCCUUUCGGAUCGCUUUCUUCAUACUAAACAUUCCCAGGCUCCCAUAACCUCCUGGCUUCCUCGCACCGGCCAAGAGCGGUCCCAGUGACAAUGGCAGCCAUGAAAACCCAGGAACAGCGGACCAGCCCCUUAAAAUCACCCAUACAAAAUGAUGGCCGUCCUAUUGCACAGGCAAAAGCUAUUCAGUUUCGUACCAUUGCACCUAAAGCUCCAACAUUGGGUUCAUCCUCUGCAGUGAUUUCUAGCCAGCCACCCUCUACCCUUCCAGAGGCUUCUACAGCUGUCAGUCCCAAAUCCAUCUUAGUGCCUGCACAGAACUAUGCGCUCAUGCAGGUAGCUGGACAGGAGGGUACUUUCUCAUUGGUGGCCUUGCCUCAGACAUCACCACAAAAUCAAAUCCAAAAGAAUCUGAAACUGCCUAUCCCCAGGUAUCAGUCAAUGAGAAGCCAGAGAGCUUCUGAGAAAGCUAGUAGUAAGACGCAGAACUCAGCCAAGGUGGCCAAGCUUCCACAGGUGAAGUCUGCAGUAAAAACAAACUUGGGUGUUUCCAGUUCACCUGAGACUCCAGAAUCGUCGUCUGAACAGAUUGUCGGGAUGGGCUCUGCUACUUCAUCUGAAAUCUUGCUGCCAGACAAUGCUGUCCUUUGCACAGGGUCACAGACAGAUCAACCUGUGAAAAGAAGCAUUGAUUCUCUCAACAACUUCAGCUACUCCACUAGAGCCUCUGCACUUGUUGCUCCUGUCAGUAACAGCAAAACCAUAAAAACAGAAGGUGCCUCUGCAGGAAGUGCUAUUACUGUCCUCUCUCCCACUAUCUUCAGCAAAGCUGUCCAGAUCAUCCCCUCUCCCCCCAAGGGCAAACUCCCCAUUCUGCCAUACGCCAAGGUGAAGAAUUCCCUCCUACCAUCUACAGGUCUUGCCAGCACCCAGUCCCCAGUGAAAGUCUCAUCGAUUCAGGCCAAAAAUAGGCCAAAAAGCUCUCCGGACAUCAAAGGCAUGGUCGCAGACAGCAGAACCAGGAGUGCAAAUAACACCCACUGCAAGAAACCCACAGGCAAGAGGCGAGGGAGGAAGAGGAAAACAAUGGAGGACAUUCUGUCCUUUGAGGCAAAGAAGAAGAGAUCUUUGUCAUUUUUCUCCAGGAGAGUACCAGAGAAACCAUCAUCUGGCACCCAGUCUUCUUCCUCACAGGAUAAGGUUGUGGACAUUUCGAAAAAGUAUCGCAGCAUUCGCCCAAAACCUAUUCUAGUAAUGGAAACCACUGUUCCUCAACUUGUACCACUAGCUUCUCUCUCAAGCUCUAAAAACCUUGACCAGAAACUUGUCAUGGGGCAGGAGAUGUCAGGAAAACCACUUAGUGCUGUCCAGCCAGGCUUAGUGUCCAUUCCAGCCCCAGGGCAGCAAUCUAUGGCUGAAACUGGAAAUUGUGGAAGGUUUACGUACGUGGGUAGCCGUGCACUCCACCGAUGUACAACCUGCAGUAGGUGUUUUCAAUUCAAGCAUCACUUACAGAGUCACAUGAACAGCCACAGUAACCUGAGACCGUAUGGGUGUCCGGUAUGUAGGAAAGCAUAUGCUCACUCAGGUAGCCUAAGCACACACAUGAAGCUUCACCAUUCAGAGGGGAGGCCUAGGAAGAGCCUCCGCUGCGAAUUUUGUGAGAAAGUGUUUGGGUAUGUCGGUGUGUACUUCAGCCACCUCCGAGAAGUGCACAAGGUCAUCCUUACUGUGGAGCCAUCCAUCCGUCAGCAUGAGGAGAAUACACCCAUAGAAGGUUGUGUAGACUCUGAGGACCAGACUUCAGAACAGCGUGUGGAUCCUGUGGAGUUGCAAAUAAAGUGUGGCCGCUGCCAGGCAAUCACACCCACCUUUGCUGACAUGAAGCUACAUUUGUUGUAUGUGCACGGUGAGGAAGUCCAAGUCCAUCUAAAAGAGGGGGCCAUGCAUGAGGGACGCGAAGCUGAGAACGAGCUGGUUAAGCACGCAGCCCACUAUUGGAGGCAACUCAACGAGAGGCGCAACUUGGUACGCUGCGGAAGUUGUGAUGAGGAGUUCUUCUCGUUCCCCAAGCUUGAGCGCCACCUGCACGCCCAUCACCAAGGGGUUAUAGAGAGUCAAGAGGAAGAACAGGAACUGAAGAAAGAAGAUAAAGAAGAGUCCAUCUCCGAGGGGUCUGUCAAAAGUGUGACCUUUAGAGCAGGGUCACGCUUUAAUUGCAUCCUGUGCAGUGAGGUUUUGAACAGCAAGCAGGAAGUUCUGGAGCACUGGAGGGGGAUUCACAAGUGUGAAAACCCAGUUAUGCUGUGGGAGGUUCUGGAUUCAAAGUGAGAGUACAAAUCUGCUCUCAGCCUAAAGUAGCAUCCUAAGGAGUAGUAUGUAUGGAACAUUUUUAUCAGAUUCUUUCUUUUUUUUUUGUUUCUGUUUUGCACUGUUUUGUUUUGAUAUUGAAAGGAAAAUUUGACUGCUUUAAUUUAAAAUGUUUGCAUUUUAUAUAAAUUGUGAAGUUCUUUUUUUUUGACAACUUGUUUUUGUUUUUUUGUAAUGGACACAGGUCUGAGAGGAUCGAUUCCAACACAGUGUUUCAGAAUUCAGUUUUGAGCAUUACAAAUGCACAUACAGUGGGGUCCAGAAAUCUGAAACCACUUGUGAAAAUGCUUCUGUUUGGCAUUCUUUCUCAAUUUAACACAAAGGUUUUCAUCACAAAUGAUAUUAUCAGCAAAAGCUUGUGUGAAAAGUAGAAUCUUAGAAAUAUUUACAUGAAUGUCAGAGUUUCUUAGUAUUUGGUAUGUCCCCUUUUUGCUUUAAUGACAGUGUGCACUUAUGCAAAACCUUAUGAUCAAUUUUAGAUCAAAUCCAAUGGUGUGUCAUCUGAACGCGUGCUUCAAUGGAAGGGAUAAGGCUCACAGAAAAUCAGAAAUUUUGUACAAAGGAGGUAAAUAUCACAAAUUUGCUUACAUUUAAAUAGGGACCUACAAAUUCUGCAUCAUGUUGAAUAUUGAAUAGACAAGAUAUUGCACAUUUACUAUUUUUUUGUUUUAGAAUUUUCAAAAUUCUAAAACUUUGUUUAUUUCCAGUUUUAAAAAAAAAUCCAGAUUUUCGCUAUGGUCUCAGACUUCUGGACAUCACUGUAUAUACAAGUAACUUAAUCACUAUUAAUGUUAAAUUCAUUUUGCUAGUGAGUACAAGAGUUAGAAUUUAUAUUUUUGUGAUGCAGGGAUGCUAUCCAUUGAAAGGUAACUGCUUGCUGAUUGGCCCAGGGAGUGUUUGGGAAGUGCUUUAGUACCAGGAAAGCUCCAUGAAAAUCAAAUCUCUAAUCUAAUGUGGAAGGUCAGUAAAGGAAUAGUUUAACCAAAAUUGCAGUGCACUAAAUAUCUAGCAUGAUGCUGAUUGGCAGCUAGUUGAAUUAUCCCUUUACCCUUGUAGCCUUGGAAAACAGAAUAUUCAGGCUGGAAAGCAGCACAAAGUAACAUGAAAUUUGUUUAAAGGUAUCAUAACUUAAGUUGUACAGUAAUGAUUGCAAAAUGGUGCUGGUAUAUUGUUGAUUUACCACUUUACAGACCUCUUUAUGUUUAUAGACUGCCUUCCUGACCCUCGUCCUGACUCUAGACUUUGCUCCAGUGCUGCCACCUCUGCUGAGGACUUGGUCAGUGAAAUUCUUAGAGCUGCUUAUCUCAGUUAAGGAAAUAAAAUAUAUUCUAAAAAUCCUAUUUUAUAUACAAUUUCUAUUCUAAAACAAGAGUUCUCUAUAUGUGUGUGUGUGUGUGUGUGCAAGUGUGUCAGGCAUUGUUUUUUUUUAAGCUGUAGAUAUAUUUAAAUAUUAUUUUCUGUUUAAAGAAUCACAGGGUAACUGAAUGUACCUUAAACGUUUCAAAAUCCUACCAAAUGUUAAAUACAUGUACUGAAAUAGAUUAUAUAUCUCUCUAUAUAUAGAUAUAUACAUAUAUUGAGGAUAGCUUAUAUAUUUGCAAAGAUGACAUAGUUAUUCUGCUGUUGUAUCUUGACUAGAGAAAAUACUUCUAAGAUUUAAAACUUUUAUGCCACGUCUUAUAUUCAGCAUACUUGCAGUUCUCGCUAUGUACUGUAAAUGCCUUCUUGCUUCUUAUGAAAGGUGUGGGUACAUUCUCUAGACACAGAUCAAGUCAUGCCCUAGACUUGAAAUACGUUUCAGUGUAGGAGGCAAUUGACAUUGUGGUGAUGUGGAUGUUGUAUGUUUAAAUGUCUAGAAAAUGUCAGGUUGUGUUCAUAAAGACAGGACGCUGCUUAGAUUUCUCACCAGCAUUCUCAUUUUUGAAAGGACUAUAAUGCAUGAAAACACCUGAGGACUGCCUCUUUGUUAUCAGACUGUUUGUCUGAAAAUCUGGAGUUUAGAUUUAGAUAUAGUUUUUGAGCUUAAGUGAAUGACCUUGGGUUGAAAUUUUUUGACUUGUUUUGAGUGAUUUCAUUGUGGAUUGUGAUGAUGGUUGAUUCCCUGAAGAGGUACAAAUUAGAUGUGUUGAUGUAAGCUGAAGUUUAAAAAUGUGCACAAAAACAUGUUUGGUGUCUAUAGAUGAUAAGAAUGUGGUCCCCUCUUGUCCUCUGCGAUAAUUACACAAUUCUGUUUUAUGUGGCUUUAGCCUAACUUGUGUGUGUGUGUGCACGCCUGUCCUAAACCACUGAAGAUAAAACCACAUUAACUGAUUGGUGCCUAAAUAAAAAGUGUUGAAAUCUGA